AUGUCUUAUAAACAAUCUUCACUUUCUGUUACUAAAAAUAAAGACAAAUGGUCAAUAGGCAGAAAAAUUGAAACUUUACUUAAAAAGUAUGAUACUCAUUUGAAAAAACCUGUUGGUGACAUGCGUGAGCAAUUUGAUAAGUUUUUUGAUGUCACAAACAAAACUGGUCAAUGGCUAUGUGCAGAAGACAAAAAAUUUUACCAAAUUCAAAUUCAGAGUAGAGGUAAGACAGGAUAUGCAACAACAAAAAAUGCCAGUCAGAGUACAAUUCACCCAUCAAAACAAAAAAUUGCUGGAAAAGUUAAUGAUAAACUAGAACAAAAAGACAGUUUUGAAGAAAGUUCUAAUGACUCAAGUGACAAUGAAGAUUCUCAAAGUAGUUCUGAUGACUCUGAAGCAACACAGUCAUCCAUUGAAAGCUUUGAUCAAAGCACACAUCUGAAGCAAUCUCAACAGUCUACGUUUAGUGCAGUUUCAUUAGUACAAUCUGGGAAGCUGUCAGUUCGAAGAGCUGCCAUAGUUAGCACAAUUUUAAACAAGUCCGGUGUUAAAAUAACAUCUCCUCAGUCAGGUGUCUAUAGAGCGGUAUACAGAGAAGCAAGUAAAGUAAUGAAAACAUUAAUGAAUACUUUGUGUAAUAGCUCAUGGUGUUUACAUUUUGAUGGUAAAAUUAUUAAGAAAAAAGAACACCAAGUAGUUCUAUUAAGAAAUGAAGUAAAAGAAGUGAGGCUUGCUGUCUUAGUGUUACCAGAUGGAAAAGCUACUACUAUUGCAUCUGCUAUUCAAAAAAAGUUGGAUGAUUAUAAUCUGUGGGCAGCUAUAAAGAUGAUAGUGUCAGACACUACAAAUGUUAAUACUGGGUCAAAGUCUGGUGUUGUGGUGAGACUUCAGAAACUUUUUGUUCAACACGGUGAAUCUGCGCCAGUUUUUAUAGGUUGUCAGCACCACAUACUUGAUCGUGUUCUUAGACACGUGUGUGAUGCAUUGCUUGGCGAUUCAACUGAGUCUCCUAAUAUGAAUUAUCCAUUUGUGAGUAAGAUACUUAAAGAUUAUGAAAUGUUAAAAAAAGAUUUUGAAAGUAAAGCAAAGAAAUGUACUCCAAAUCUAAAAGAACAGGAAGUAGGCUGGAGAGACGAUAUGAAGUUUUUGCACCAUCUAAUUUGCGUUUUCAAGCAUUUUAAGAAUUUUCAACAAAUGCCAAAAGUUAAUUUUAAAGCACUCCCUGGCAUCAGCAAUGCCCGAUGGAAUUCUCGAGCAAUUUUUGCAUUGUUGGCUUUCAUACUAUUGCCUGAUGAACGAAAGAACCUUCAGAAAUUGUGUGAAUUUAUCUGUGGACAAUGGAGUGGUGCUUGGUUUAGUGAUCAUUAUUACAGAACUGCAAAAUAUGAAUUUCUUUUAUAUGCUGUUAAUGAAUAUCCUAAGGCGUUGCGCUGUUUUCAAACUCAUUGGUCUCAAAGUCCAUCUUCCAUACACACUCAACGCAGCAAUGUGUGUGCAGAAAGAGCAAUAAAAGUUCUACAAGAUAUUGCUCCUCUUUGCCACUCAUCUGAGAAACUAAAUUUACGUUUUAUUUUUGCAAAUAAAAGUUUAUGA